GUGGAGGUCGUGCAGCUCAUGGAGAAGGUGGUAGUGGCGUCCCAGGCCGCCGGGGACGCCAAAGGCUCCAAGGUGAGCUUCGGGGAGAACUCCCCCGCGCAGGCCAAGGGGUACCAGUUCGGGAUGGUGGCGGUGUUCGACAGCGUGGAGGAGCUGGACGCCGUGCAUGGGGACGACAAUGUCGAGGAGGCCAAGACCGCGGUCAGGCCGUUGCUGGACAAGGUGUUGGUCGUGGAUUUCGUCGUCGGGCCAGCUGCCGCAGAUGCGGCGACGCCUGCGAGCCUCUGAUUACAGGUUUAGGUGGGGUGGGGGGAUCGAGUGUAAGAACAAUGAGCUCUUUUGAUUAUAAAUGAUGUCUGAACAUGUCAUUUCGCUUGAGUGCGUAACAUACGUCAUACAUCAUACAUGGUUUCAUGAAAAGUAAUCAGCUGUUGAAAACCUUGGCUUCGGUAACAAUUGAUAAUUCUUUCAGUUGCAGCUGCUAGUCCUGUCCAGGAACAUUGAAUUAUGGAACAGACUGAAUAAUAUUACAGGUUUAUCAUAAUUCUUGUGGAUAUUCGUGUAUCAAUAUACAUCAAUUAAAAUAAAGAACGUCACUACUAGAAAUUAAAGAUACCAAUUGAACCAAAAUAUACAAGAGUGGCUGUAGUUGUUUGACGAAGGAUAUUUAUUGUUGCUAACUUUAAUAUCUCUUGGCUUUGGUUAUCAGGUAUGUGAAGGGCACAGGUUGAAAUUGGAAAUCAGUCUCCGUGUUGUUUAUAGAGACAUGCUAAAAAACAAGUGGAAGCCAUAAUCAAAGCACUACUAGUUAGUUGCUCGUACAUUGCUACGGUUACUAUUUACAUUUAAGUAUAUAGUAUAAAUUAUAAAGAUACGUGUUUUCUAUGAGCUAGGUGGAUGUGCAUGUGGGUUUGGAGCCAACAAACACGGUUUGAAUACACACUUGUGCCUAAUUUUAGCUAGAUUACUUUGCAUAUACAAAGUACAUCAUCUAACUUUGUUUUGUUUCUGUCAUGAUAGUGGGUAAUCAUGUAGGGGAGUAC